UUUCCCCUCACAGCUUUUCAAACUUCGUCCCCCCUGACUGAGCUCCGUCGCUCGGCCUCGUUGCUGUCACCGUCGCAUCCUUGUCGCCACCGUCAAGGGACCGCCAUCGCCGGUUAGGUUUAGGGUUUUGAAGCGUAUCUCCGCUUAUUUCUGUCGGAAAAAUUCGUCAGACAUCUCCGGUUCUGUCGUCGAGAAAUCUCAAUCUCUGGUUGGGUUGCAAUAUCAAAGAAAACUACGGGUGAAUUGGAUUUAUGUUAUAAUUUAUUACUUGGAUGUUCUUUGAGAAACUUUGGAAAUACAAAAUGUGAAACCUGUAUGUGUUUGAUAGUUGAAAAAUAGGAGGAGCUGCAGAGUUGAUUUUGAAAGCAAAACAGGCAUUGUGGAAAGAAUCAGAUGGGAAGCAGCAACAGAAGUGAAGAACAGUUGAAGCAAAUGGAUGAACUGAGCAGAAAUCUGAAAGAAGGUGAGAGAAUUCUGGCACCUACCCGUAGACCGGAUGGUACACUCCGAAAACCUAUCCGGAUCCGAGCUGGCUAUGUUCCCCAGGAUGAAGUUGCCAUUUAUAAGUCCAAAGGCGCUUUGUGGAAGAAGGAGAUAGCCUCACAGGGGCCACCUGGUUAUGAACCUGAACCUGAUUCAGCUCCUAAACCAAAGACUAAAGCUGCUAAAAGGAAUGAACGUAAAAAAGAGAAGAGAUUGCAGGCUGCUUCAGAGAAAGAUGCAAACCCUGAGGAAGGACCAGCUGGUAGUGUAAGCAUGGAAGAAAUGGCAACUAAUGGAUCACAAUCAGUGAUUUCGUUAGCUUCAGAGCUGGAACGUUUGGCUGUUUCUUCAAGUCAUGCAGUACCAUUACCAACCUUGAAUCAGGGAGAAGCACCUGAUUCUGGAACACCAGGAGAAGAUAUCGAUAAAAGAAUACGCGCCCUUAAGAAGAAGAUACGGCUAACAGAAGCUCAACAACAGAAGACAGCACCCCAAGAUCUGAAACCCGAGCAAUUAGAGAAAUUUUCUAAAUUAGAGGACUGGAGACAGGAGCUCAAGGCUUUGGAGGAUAAGAAGGCUGAGCUUGUUGUGGCUUCUACAUGAGGUUUCUGGUUUUUCAGACACAUUUUGUAGUAAUGUUUUGAUGAAGUUCCUCAAACAUUACAACAAUGGCACAUAGAUGGUGUUCUUCAGGUUUUUGUUGUCCUAAAUUUGGUCAAUGAAAUUCACUGCAGUGGAUAAAUGCUUAUGGGUGUUGUGGUAUUGGUGUCCCUUUGGUGUUUAAUCCAAAACCUUUUGGCUUUGGUGAUGAUGACUGACUAUGAUGAAGGCUUAUGUAUCUUUGCAGAAUUCUUCCUUACGACAAAAACGAAAGAAAAACA